AUGGCUGAUGUACCGCCUCCUUCACUGUCCGAACUCAUGCGAAUGGUAGCUGAGCUGCAACAAGCUAAUCAACGGAUGGCUGACGAGAACCAGAUAAUGGCAGCUCAAAUUGCCGAACUGAAUCAUGAUCACAACGAUGACCGUCAGGAGAGAGACGAAGAGCAUCAAUCCCAGCCGACCCAUGUUUCAGAAACCACUCAACACGAGAAGCAACAUCCAGAGGACGAGAAAGAGGAGCCCGAGGACUUUGUAGGCCCUUUUACAGAGGAAGUAAUGAGCUUCGAAUUGCCGAAGAGGUUCACCCUGCCAUUGACCCUCACGCCCUAUGAUGGACUCGGUGAUCCGAAGAAAUUCAUAAAGAAAUUCCGAUCAAUAAUGAUCGUAAAUGGUGCAUCAGAUACAGUUUUAUGUCGAUGUUUUCCGAAUUAUUUAGACGGUCCUGCACUUGAUUGGUUGUGUGCUUUGCCUGCAGGUUCCAUUUCCCGCUUUCAUCAGUUGGCGAAGUUAUUUGAAAAACAUUUCGCUGGAUCCGCAAUAUAUUUGCACGACUCCGAUUAUCUGAACACCAUCAAGCAGGGGCCAAACGAAAGUUUAAAAGACUACAUGACUCGCUUCACCAAGGUCGCAAUCAGCAUACCAGACCUCCACCCCGAGGUCCAUCUGCACGCAAUAAAAAGCGGCCUCCGACCCGGAAAGUUCCAAGAGACGAUUGCAGUAGCAAAGCCGAGGACUCUGGCAGAAUUCCGAGAAAAAGCGAAAGGCCAAAUUGACAUCGAGGAGCUCAGACAAGCUCGGAAACCCGACAAAUCACUUUUCCGUGACGAAGACAAGAGCUCCUCCCAUAAGAAAAAUUUUAAACUAACACCUCGUUUUGACUCUUAUACGCAGUUUAACACCAAGAGAGAAGACAUAAUCAAGGAAAUCUUGAACUCCAAACUAAUCAAACCACCAAGGAAAGCCGGCACAUACCAAGAUACAAAGAACGUGGACAAAUCAAAGUACUGCACUUUCCACCAGAAACAUGGGCACAAUACCGAUGAUUGUGUAGUCGCCAAGGAUCUUCUAGAACGAUUAGCACGACAAGGACACCUUGACAAAUACAUUGGUGGUCACAUGCAAAAACGCGGCUCCAAUUCCACAACAGCCGACCUUCCUGACCAACACCGAGGAAAAGAAAAGACAUCCUCAGGCCAAUACGAAAGACCACGAGGUAUAAUUAACUGUAUUUCAGGAGGGUACGCAAGUGGAGGACACUCAAAUUCGGCAAGAAAAAGGUCGUUUAGGACGAUAUAUUCGGCAGACGUACAGGAACAAAACACUACAUUUACUAAUCCGCAACCCAACAACCUACAGAACAAAUAA